GAGAAGGUAGAGAGAGGCAGAGACAAGAGGCACAGGGAGAGAGGAAAACAGAGGAAGACAGAGAAGGAGAGAGACAGGAAAAGAGACAAAAAGAGAGGCAGGCGCAGGGGGCUGGUGAUGGGGCCCGCGACAGCCCCAGGUAGGGGGACCCCGGGCAGGGCUGCCCUGCUGCUCGUGGCGCUGCUGGCCACAGGGCUGGCCCAGUCAGCUGUCCCUGCCUCGCCGCCCCGAGGCUUCUGGGCUCUGCCGGAAAACGUGACGGUCAAGGAGGGCGCCGCGGCCAGGCUGCAGUGUGGGGUCAGCGCCCCCGGCAGCACAGUGCAGUGGGCCAGGGAUGGGCUCCUCCUGGGUCCUGACCCGAGGAUCCCCAGCUUCCCGCGCUACCACCUGGAGGGGGACCCGGCGAGAGGUGAGUUCCACCUGCACAUCGAAGCCUGUGACCUCAGCGAUGAUGCAGAAUACGAGUGCCAGGUCAGCCGCUCCGAGAUGGGUCCCGAGCUCCUGUCUCCCCGAGUGAUCCUCUCCGUCCUGGGUACGGUGCCCCCCAAGGUGCUGCAACUGACGCCCGAAGCAGGGAGCACGGUCACCUGGGUAGCUGGGCAGGAGUACGAGGUCAAAUGUGUGACUGAUGAUGCAAAGCCAGCACCUGAUAUCACCUUCUUCCAGAGUGGACAAACAAUUUCUGAUGUCUCUGCUAACGUGAAUGUGGGGUCCCAGGAGAAGCUCUUCACCACAGAGGCCACAGCCAGGGUGACACCCCAGAGUUCUGACAAUGGGCAGUUACUGGUCUGCGAGGGGUCCGGCCCAGCUUUGGACACGCCCAUCAGGGCCUCAGUCAUCAUGAAUGUUCUGUUCCCCCCAGGACCCCCUGUCAUUGAGUGGCCAGGCCUGGACACGGGACAUGUGCGGGCAGGGCAGAGCCUGGAGCUGCCAUGCGUGGCCCGAGGGGGGAAUCCGCCAGCCACACUGCAGUGGCUGAAGAACGGCCAGCCCGUGUCCACAGCAUGGGGCACAGAGCAUGUCCACGCAGUGGCCCGCAGCGUGCUGGUGAUGACCGUGCGGCCGGAAGACCACGGAGCACGGCUCAGCUGUGAGGCCCACAACAGCGUGUCCACGGGGACCCAGGAACACGGGGUCACACUGCAGGUCACCUUCCCCCCCAGUGCCAUCACCAUCCUGGGAUCUCCCUCCCAGUCGGAGAACAAGAACAUGACGCUCUCCUGUAUCACCAAGUCCAGUCGCCCGCGGGUCCUGCUGCAAUGGUGGCUGGGCUGGCGGCAGCUGCUGCCCACAGAAGAGACCGUCCUGGACGGCCUGCACGGCGGCCACAUCUCCAUGUCCAACCUGACGUUCCUGGUGCGGCGGGAGGACAACGGUCUGACCCUCACCUGUGAGGCCUUCAGUGAGGCCUUCACCAAGGAGACCUUCAAGAAGUCGCUCACUCUUAAUGUGAAAUAUCCCGCCCAGAAGCUGUGGAUAGAGGGACCCCCUGAGAGCCAGAACCUCCGGGCUGGGACCAGGGUGAGGCUAGUGUGUUUGGCCAUUGGGGGCAACCCGGACCCCUCUCUCAUCUGGUACAAGGACUUGCGCACGGUGACCGAGCCACGGCAGCCGCAGGAGCCGCGGCUGGUGCAGCUGGGAGGUCUGGAGAAGUCGGGGAGCACUUUCUCGCGCGAGCUGGUGCUGGUCGCCGGUCCGUCGGACAACCAGGCCAAGUUCACGUGCAAAGCCGGCCAGCUCAGCGCGUCCACGCAGCUCCUGGUGCAGUUUCCCCCAACUAACGUGACAAUCCUGGCCAACGCCACCGCGCUGCGCCCCGGGGACGCGGUAAACUUGACGUGCGUCAGCAUUAGCAGCAACCCCCCGGUCAGCCUGUCGUGGGACAAGGAAGGGGGCAGGCUGGAAGGCGUGGCCGCGCAGCCCCAGAGAGCCCCGUUCAAAGGUUCCGGCGCAGCGAACAGCGUCCUUCUGCGAGUGUCAUCCCGCGACCACGGUCACCGUGUGACCUGCAGCGCCCACAGCGCGGAGCUCCGCGAAACCGUGAGCGCCUUCUACCGUCUCAACGUGCUGUAUCCUCCAGAGUUCCUGGGGGAGCAGGUGCUCUCAGUGACAGCGUUGGAGCAGGGCAAGGCCCUGCUGCCAGUGUCUGUGUCAGCCAACCCUGCCCCUGAGGCCUUCAACUGGACCUUCCGCGGCUAUCGCCUCAGCCCAGCUGGUGGCCCUCGGCACCGCAUCCUGUCGGGAGGGGCUCUGCAGCUAUGGAAUGUGACCCGGGCUGACGACGGCCUUUAUCAGUUGCACUGCCAGAACUCGGAGGGCACGGCUGAGGCGCUGGUGCGGCUGGACGUGCACUAUGCUCCCACAAUCCGUGCCCUCCAGGACCCCACCGAGGUGGAUGUUGGGGGUUCUGUGGAAAUAGUCUGCACUGCUGAUGCCAAUCCCAUCCUCCCAGGGAUGUUCAGAUGGGAGAGGCUGGGAGAAGAGGAAGAGAAUCAAGGCUUGGGCGACAUGGAGAUGAUGUCAAAGGGAUCCACAGGGCGUCUGCGGAUUCAUUCUGCCAAGCUGGACCAGGCUGGCCCAUACCAGUGCAUCGCUGACAAUGGAGUGGCACCUCCAGCCCGGGGACUGGUGCGUCUUGUUGUCAGAUUCGCCCCCCAGGUGGAGCACCCUACUCCUCUAACUAAGGUGGCUGCAGCUGGAGACAGCACCAGUUCUGCCACCCUCCACUGCCGUGCUCGAGGUGUCCCCAAUAUCAUCUUCACUUGGAAGAAAAAUGGGGUCCCUCUGGACCUCCAGGAUCCCAGGUACACGGAGCACACGUACCAUCAGGGCGGGGUCCACAGCAGCCUCCUGACCAUUGCCAAUGUGUCUGCAGCCCAGGAUUAUGCCCUCUUCACGUGCACGGCCACCAACCCCCUUGGCUCGGACCACACCAACAUUCAACUCGUCAGCAUCAGCCGCCCCGACCCCCCGUCGGGACUAAAGGUGGUGAGCAUGACUCCCUCCUCGGUGGGGCUGGAGUGGAAGCCUGGCUUUGACGGGGGUUUGCCACAGAGGUUCCGCAUCAGGUAUGAGGCCCUGGGGACCCCAGGGUUCCUCUACAUGGAUGUCCUACCGCCCCAGGCCACCGCCUUCACGCUGACUGGGCUGCAGCCUUCUACGCGGUACAGGGUCUGGCUGCUGGCCAGCAAUGCCCUGGGGGACAGUGACCUGGCUGGGAAAGGGACCCAGCUCCCCGUCACCACCCCAGGCCUGGACCAGCCUUCUGGGGAACCUGACUACCAGCUGCCCACAGAGCAGCCUGCAGGACCCUCAGAGCUGCCCCUGCUGCCUGUGUUGUUUGCUGUUGGGGGUCUCCUGCUGCUUUCCAAUGCCUCCUGUCUUGGGGGAUUCCUCUGGCGGCGGAGACUGAAGCGUCUUGCUGAGGGCAUUUCAGAGAAGACAGAGGCCGGGUCAGAGGAGAACCAAGUCAGGAAUGAGUAUGAGGAGAGCCAGUGGACUGGAGACCGGGAUACCCGGAGCUCCAUGGUCAGCACAUCAGAUGUAGAGCCGUACUACCACUCCAUGAGGGACUUCAGCCCCCAGCUGCCUCCCACUCUGGAGGAGGUGCCCUACCACCAAGGUUUCACAGGUUUUGCAGAUAAGGAUGUGACUUUUCCUGAGCACCUGUAUGAUGAGGUGGAAAGAACAUAUGCCCCGUCUAGAGCCUGGGGAGCCCUCUACGAUGAAGUGGAGAUGGGCCCCUAUGACUUCUGCUGGCCCGAGGACAAGUAUGAGGAUCCAAGAAGAAUCUAUGAUCAGGUGGCAGGAGACUUGGACCCAGCACACCCUGAUACGCUACCCUUUGAGCUGAGGGGCCAUCUGGUGUGACAGCCCUUUCUCAACACCCUUUUCCCACACCCCCAGGACAGAAAACACCUAUUGUAUUUUUCAAUCCAGACUGGGCUGAACUUGUCAAAUAAAGUGAGCUCUAAAAGAAACAGAGGGACUGGGCUUUUUCAGGAGAGGACACGGAGGGUGAGUGUAAGUGACAGAAGAUGAUUCAAGCUGCUGUCAGAAUAGAAACAAGGCUCCUUUUGGGGUUGGUCUUAGAAACUGUCAGAGAUACCUUUAUGUCUUUUCAGACUCAUCACAAACUUCUGCAAAGAUACACGGUUAAUUGCAUUAGACAUCUCAAAAGUGAAUAGCUCUUCUGGGGGUCUUUAUGUUAUUUAGAGUAAAAUUUUCAGAGGUGAGUAAAGACAUUAAAGCUCCAUUUAUUUGAAGUUCAGCUACAUCUGAAACAGCUAACAAUAUGUGAAAUUUAUGAACCAUUAUGUCCUAUCAAUUCUUGUUUUAUUACUUUACACAGUUAUCUAACAUAUGAUAUAUAAACUAUGACACACAUG